CUUUCUUUUACUUGUACUUCGGUCCUUGUCCAUGCUUACUGCCAGGUGGCCAGUAAUCUAGAGCUUCGUUGUCUUCUAGAUGGCUCUGCGGAGAUAAAAAAAAAGACUUUGUUCACGACCACUAGCUUGCUAAUUUCAUCUUAAUGUACCCCAAUAAUUAGAGCGUCCCUCGCUUACGACGACAACUACGAUCAGAAUAUAUUUGGGCAUUUGAGAUAGAGCUCGAUAGAUGCCCAGCGUUGCAUAAAAGCGCUAUCCACAGACUCAUACAUAGAUCAUGGCUUCCUAUAGCCGUCAACGGACAUAUGGCUCCCUAAAAUCGCUCACAUCCUCUCCCGUCCUCUCUUUCCUAAUCGUUCCCUUCCUACUGCUUUUCUUGAGCUUCCCUGCCCCUGCAGCUGCAGCCGGAUCCGCAGUCAUCGGUAUCGAUGUCGGCACAGAAUAUUUGAAAGCCGCUCUGGUCAAACCAGGUAUUCCUCUGGAAAUUGUUCUCACCAAGGACUCAAAGCGCAAGGAGACAGCUGCCGUUGCGUUCAAGCCUACCCGUGAAAGUGAUGCCCUGUUCCCCGAGAGAUUCUACGGCGGCGAUGCCCUGGCACUAGCGGCCCGGUACCCCGACGACGUAUACGCCAACCUCAAGACUUUGCUCGGACUUCCCUUCGAUAGUGAUGAUGAGACGAUCAAGACGUAUCACAGCCGGUAUCCUGCGCUGCGACUUGAGAAAGCCCCUGGCGACCGCGACACUGUUGGACUCCGGAGCAACCGACUUGGCGAGGCAGAGAAGAAGGACGCCUUCCUCGUUGAGGAGAUUCUGGCCAUGCAGUUGAAGCAGAUCAAAGCCAACGCCGACACUCUGGCCGGAAAAGGAUCCAACAUUCAGGAUGCGGUGAUCACCUACCCUUCCUUCUAUACCGCGGCGGAGAAGAGAAGUCUCCGCUUGGCGGCAGAGUUGGCGGGCUUGAAUGUUGAAGCUUUCAUCAGCGAAGGUCUGGCUGUUGCUCUGAACUACGCGACUAGCCGCACUUUCCCGAGUGUUUCGAAUGGAGAGAAGCCCGAAUACCACAUCGUGUACGACAUGGGUGCUGGCUCCACCACUGCCAGUGUUGUUCGCUUCCAAAGCCGCGCGGUCAAGGACAUCGGCCGCUUCAACAAGACUGUCCAGGAAGUUCACGUUCUCGGAACCAGCUGGGACAAGACUCUUGGUGGAGACUCUCUCAACGAUUUGAUCGUCGAUGACAUGAUCGCCAACCUGGCCGAAGAGAAGAAGCUGAAGGGCCGUGUCACGGCGGCGGAUAUCAAGGCUCACGGCAAGACUAUGGCCAGACUUUGGAAGGAUGCCGAGAAGAUCCGUCAGGUUCUCAGCGCUAACACUGAGACUGGAGCUUCAUUUGAGGGCCUGCACGAGGAAGAGAUCAACUUCAAGUACCGGCUUACCCGGUCUAGAUUCGAGGAACUUGCCGCGCAACACAUUGCCCGCGUUGGAAAGCCCGUCCAGCAAGCUUUGGAGCUUGCCGGACUGCAGAUGAACGACAUUGAUUCCGUUAUCCUUCACGGUGGUGCAAUUCGCACGCCAUUCGUGCAAAAGGAACUGGAGAGCACUUGUGGAUCGGAAAGCAAGAUCCGCACCAGCGUCAACGCUGAUGAAGCCGCCGUGUUCGGUGCUGCAUUUAAGGGUGCAGCCCUCAGCCCAAGCUUCCGUGUCAAGGAUAUCCGAGCCAACGAUGCGUCCGCUUACAGUGUUGUGUUGAAGUGGGCUUCCGAGUCUAAGGAGAGACAGCAGAAGCUUUUCACUCCCACCUCCCAGGUUGGACCCGAGAAGCAGGUGACCGUGAAGAACCUGGAUGAUUUCGAGUUCAGCUUCUACCAGCAGGUUCCCCUUGCCAACAACGUUGCUGAGACUCCUGUUCUAGGCGUCAAGACCCAGAAUCUCACUGCUUCUGUUGCCAAGCUUAAGGAAGAAUUCGGCUGCUCGGCUGCCAACAUCACCACUAAGUUCUCUAUUCGCCUCAGCCCUGUUGAUGGACUUCCCGAAGUCGUGGGCGGUUCCGUCAGCUGCGAAGUUGAAGGCGCUAAGAAGGGAAGUGUCGUGGAGGAUGUCAAGGGCUUCUUCGGCCUGGGCAAGAAGGAUGAGCAGGCGCCUCUUGGCGAAGAGGGUGAACCCAGCGAAUCCAUCACACUGGAGCCAGAGGAACAAGCUUCGACUACCUCUUCCACGGAUGAAGCCACUUCCACCACCACCGCCAAAGAAGCCAAGAAGAGUUCCCUCCAGCCCAAGCUCGAGACCAUCCCUGUCAGUUUCACCACGACCGCCCUGGGACUUCCCGCCCCGUCCACAGCUGAGCUUGCUCGUAUCCAAGCCCGGUUGGCCGCGUUUGACGCUUCGGACCGCGAGCGUUUCCUCCGCGAGGAAGCCCUCAACGAGCUGGAGUCGUUCAUCUACCGUAGCCGUGAUCUCGUGGAGGACGAGGAAUUCGUCAAGAUGUUGACGCCUGAGCAGCUGGCGACGCUGAAGGAGAAGGCGGCUGCCGCCAGCGACUGGCUGUACGGCGACGGCGCGGAUGCCAAGACCUCGGAAUUCCGGGAGCGACUCAAGUCCCUGAAAGAGAUCGUCAACCCUGCGCUCAAGCGUAAGAAGGAGAGCGCCGAGCGUCCGGCCAAGGUCGAGCUCUUCCAAGAUGUCCUGAAGAACGCCAAGACCGUGAUGGACCUCAUGGAGAAGCAGAUCCAGCAAGACGAUGACCUAUACUCGUCCAGCCUCGCUGCCAGUGAAUCCACGGCCUCUACCUCUACCUCGUCCACCUCGGCGAGCGAGACUCCCUCCGAGCCCGUCGAUCUCGACGAGGACCCCUACGCCACGACCUCGAGCACUACGACCUCGUCCGUCCCCACCACCACCCCGAAGCCCAGCGGACCCAAGUAUUCCAUCUUCCAGCCCUACGACCUGACCAGCCUGUCGAAGACCUACGAAUCCACCAACACCUGGUUUGAGACCCAGCUCACCAUCCAGGAGAAGCUCGCCGUCACAGACGACCCGGCCUUCACCGUCGCCGAGCUCGACUUCCGCCUCCGCGAACUGGAGCGCGUCAUGAACCGCAUCUACGAAAAGAUGGGCGCCGCCGCAGCGAAGUCCGGCAAGGCCGAGCAGGCCAAGAAGGGCAGCAGCGCCAAGAAGGAUAAGAGCAGCAGCGCCAAGAAGGAGCAGCAGCAGCAGCAGCAGUCGUCCACGACGACUACUUCCGCCGAGGCCAAGAAGAGCAACGUCAAGGACGAGUUGUAGGCAUCGGACCGGAAGGAUAGAUAACUUGGAGGUGAAGAAAAUCAAGGAGGGAGUUCUUAGGUUGGUUGAGCGUUGACCGUUUUGCACACUGUUGUCUUUUAUAUUUCCCUUUCCGGGUCUCCCUCUGUAUCAUGCAUGGUAUGCUGGACUAGGGAGUGUAUCUUGUGACUAUGUAUUGUACUUUCAAGCGGCCCUAGGGGGUCGCUGAGUCUAUCAGGCAUCUAAGAUGUAGAUU